AAAAAAAUGUGCGGAAUAAUAAAAGGGAGUGAAUGGAUGAAGGGUAAAAUGGUUGGAUGUGGAUCUUUUGGCAGUGUCCAUCUAGCCAUGAACAAAUCCACUGGUGGACUUUUUGUGGUGAAAAAAGCGCAUUCAGAGGCAGGACGUGAUGCUCUGGAGAACGAGGUGAAUAUCCUAAAUACAUUAAAUUCAUCACCUUCACCCUAUAUUGUCCAAUGUUUAGGGACAGAUUAUGAUCAUCAAGAUAACCAACUGCAUGUUUUCAUGGAGUACAUGUCCGGGGGUAGUUUGGCUGACGUGUCACACAAGUUUGGUGGUUCAUUAAAUGAAGAUGUUGUUCGUGUGUAUACUAGACAAAUUGUGCAUGGGUUAUAUCAUCUUCACCAACAUGGAAUUGUACAUUGUGACCUUAAGUGCAAAAACGUGCUUUUGGCCUCAUCUGGGAAUGUCAAACUGGCAGAUUUUGGGUGUGCAAAAAGGGUAAAGAAAAACAUGAACAUGAACAAAUCUUCAUCAUGUAUUAUUGCUAAUGGUGGCACUCCUCUAUGGAUGGCUCCCGAAGUAUUAUUAAUGAAGAAUAAUAGUAGUAUUAAUGAUGAGAGCCGGGUUGUUGAUUUUGCAGCAGCAGAUAUAUGGUCUUUGGGAUGUACUGUUAUUGAAAUGGCCACUGGCAGGCCUCCUUGGGUCGAUGAUGACCUCAUUUCCAUUUCAAAUCCAAUGGCUGCUAUGUUUAAGAUUGCAUGUGGUGAUGGGAUACCUCAAUUUCCAAUUCACUUCUCUCAGGAGGGUUUCGAUUUCUUGAGGAGGUGUUUGGUGAGAGAUCCCAAAAAGAGGUCUACCGCACUGGAGUUGCUUAACCAUCCAUUUCUUGUUUCAACUACUUUAACUCAUCACAAACACUACUCUGCUUCCUCGCCCGCAUCUGUCUUGGAGGUUCAUCAGUUUGAGGAUACAUAUGAUGAUGAUGAUGACGACGACGACUCAGAUGAUAAUGAUGAAUUAAUAAGUCCAGCAGGAGGGAAUCAUUUCUUCAUCACAAAAGAGCUUCUGUGCCCACAAGGAACAACAAUGUGGCAACUGGAAGACAGUGCAUCAGGGAAUCAUUGGAUCACUAUUAGAUCAAGGUGAUCAAUUAAGUAGGAGGAGAUUAAGGCCUCGUAUUAACUAAUUCAUGUAGAUAGAGGACUCAACAUAUAUUAUGUACAUUUUUGAGUAGGAAGCAAAUAUAUAGGUUCGUCAGAAUGGUUUAAUUCCAUUUGUAUUUAAAAGGUUGUA